UCGGCUCAUCAAACCACUGGUGCGUAUCUGCGUAACGAGCUUAAUCUGACUAUAUUACGGUUACGUUGUCAGCCGCCUCCCAUGCGGUUCAGAGUGUGUAGUUAUGUUUGGCUCUUCCGGUUAAGCGGCUUUACCGGCGGACUGCGUGUGUCAGCGAGCCCCUCCUGCCGCCUCAGACCGACAUUUCACCCUACUAUUCCUUCACUCUCCGCCCGGAAAUUCAACAUGCAGCCCAGCCGAAGUGUGGCAAGCAGUUGCGGCGAAGUGGGUUUAGGCAAUUCAGGGCCGGAGAAUUACAGGACCUGCAUUCCCACUGUCACUGCAGAAGAAACCGUUCCUCCAGAUGUGAAGAAGCAAGUGGAGAGCCCGCUUGUUCUAAACCAGAGACACCUAAGGACUCAUAGUCCGCUAUUAGGGGCCAAAUGUGAUGACGACUCGGAGGCCGAGUCUUUCCGGGAUGGGAGAAGCGAAGAGGUCGACCGGGACACCAGGGAGAAGGCCAUAAAUUGGUGCCGAGACUUUCUGUCGGGGUCGUGGAAGACCAUUGAAGAUGCUGAUUUUCAAAUCAGCAUUGUCAGUGGUGGACUGAGUAAUCUGCUGUACCUUUGUAGUUUGCCCGACUAUGUGCAAUGUGUGGAAGAUGAACCUCGCCAGGUGCUCCUCAGGGUUUAUGGUGCCAUCUUACAGGGAGUGGACUCUUUGGUACUGGAGAGUGUGAUGUUUGCCAUUUUGGCUGAACGAGCUUUAGGCCCAAAGCUUUAUGGCGUCUUCCCCCUGGGACGCUUAGAACAGUACCUUCCGAAUACUCGCAUGCACACAAAUCAGCUUUCGGACCCAGCCAUCUCCGCUGAGAUUGCCACCAAGCUGGCCCGUUUCCACAACAUGGUUAUGCCCUUUAACAAAAAGCCUAAGUGGCUGUUUGGGACCAUUGAUAAAUACAUGGAACAAGUGAUGAAUAUUAGCUUUGUACGUGAUGCACAUGUGAAGAAGUACAAGAAGCUGAUGAAACUGGACCUUCCUGCUGAACUGAGAAGCCUCCGUGCUUUGCUCGCAGCAACUCCCUCGCCAGUGGUGUUUUGUCACAAUGACGUCCAAGAAGGCAACAUCCUCAUGCUAGAAGACGGAAAGCAUUCCUCAGCGGAAAGACUCAUGCUCAUUGACUUUGAAUACAGCAGUUACAACUACAGGGGUUUUGACUUCGGCAACCAUUUCUGUGAAUGGAUGUAUGACUACACCUACAACGAGUGGCCUUUCUACAAAGCCACACCAGAGAACUAUCCAACCAGAGAGCAGCAGCUUCUUUUUAUUAGAAGUUAUUUGGCAGAACAGCACAAAGACACCAACGUUGCUGUGGACCAGACACAAAUUGAAGAAGAUUUAAUCAUUGAAGCAAACAGAUAUGCAUUAGCAUCACACUUCCUCUGGGGGCUCUGGUCCAUCAUACAAGCUAAGAUAUCCAAGAUUGAGUUUGGAUACAUGGACUACGCCCAGUGUCGUUUUGAUGCCUACUUCAAGCAAAAGAAGCUCUUCAGCUGAGAUCCAACUUGUUAAUCAAAAUGUACUGUCUCAUAUGUCUGUCGUUAUCAUUCUUCAAGCUUGCCCCCUACAUGUUGUUGGAACUAUGCCUGUCUGCUUAAGGUGAAAUGACAAAAAAGACCCUCUACACCUCAAGCAUUCUAUUUUACGCAUAAAUACCCUUAUUGUGAAAUGUUGUCAUCAUUUUGGGGGCCACAGUUGAUUCACAGCUGGUUUUCUUUCAUAUAAACACUUUUUAGAUGCACUUCACUUCCUUGGACCAUUAUUAGACACUGGCUGGUUAUCAUGGGACGCAUUUGUGUGAAAGAUCUACCUCACCCUUGUGAUGUUCAUAGGGUGCAUAGCUUUCAUCCUAAAGGGCUGAUUCUGACUAUUCAGUGAGGGAAUAACUGAGACCCUUACCCGUAUGGAAAAGAUAUGUAUAAAUCUUAUAAGGUUUGUAUCUGUCCUGUGUGAAAACAACUUUUUCCUUAAACUAUUUAAAAAUAUUCCACUCCAGUUAUUCUUUAACUGUUACAUUACAAACUUGCCUACAUUUAGCAAAUUAUUAUGGGAGGGCUUUUUUUAAAUAAAAAGUUUGCAUAACUUUUCAUCACUGUAGAAAAAACACUGUCAGUUUAACUGUUAGAGCAGUUAGAAAGUGUAAAGCUGUACACAUGAACUGGAGCGCUGACCUGUCAUUCAAAGCAGAAAGUUUACGUGGUGUCCUAUCACACUGAUGUGGGAAUUGCGCAAGUGGUAGUGGUGUAUGGCAACUCCUGCAUGCUUUAUCCAGACAGCACCCUCUCCUUACUUGCACAAAGCCUUUCCCAUAAUGAGAACACAUCUGAAACAGGCUCUCUUAUGUACUGCAUCAGCAUUUUGCAACUUAAAGCAAUAUGCAGAGUUCAUGUAUGAAAAUGGCUUACAGCAUUUAUGUCAGUCUUUGUAUUUUAAUUAUAAAAUAUUUAAAAAAUUGGUAUAUUUGUGCACGUUUCACCAAUAAUAAAAACGUGUUACAGUCAAUUACUGUAGCCCAUUUGAAUGUGACAUGAUUCUUUUUUGUUUUGACAUGCUUUUAUUUAUUUAGACUUUGUUCUAUAUUUGAAUGAAUGUACACCAAUUUGACACUAAAUAGUUUCCAAAACAAUGCUUUACAUAAAGAGGAAACUUGAGAGUUUACUCAUUAACUACCUGUGACUGUUUUUGUUUUUAUUUUUGAGGAACCGUUUUUCUGUAAUUUUAUUUUGUUAAUGAAAUCCAAUUUAAAUGCGAAUAAACAUAUGUGCUUUGAA